AUGGGCAGGGUGAGAUAGAGAGAGAUAGGAGUGGUUCUCUCAGUUGCAGUUGCUUUGAAAGUUUUUCUAAAGGACUAUUCAUUCCUCUCUCCACAUAUAAGUGGAACAAUCCUAGAGGACGCAGUCCCAUUCCUGAAGCUUGAUUACAUCUCCUGUCAAGAUGGGUGACCAGGAGGACAUCUGUGACAGACUAUCAGGGUCUCUGAUAGAGGGAGAAAUGGAAGAACAGGAAGAGGGAGAUGUAAAGAUGCAGUCUGCACCUCUCACUUUCUCCCAUUUCUCUUCCUCUGUGCGGGCCAUGAUGCGGAUCAAACUAAAGUACCAGGCCAUUAAGAAGCGCCGUCUAGAGAUGAUGGUGGGGCCGGGGAACGGGUUCCAAACCGGGGCCGCCAGUCGCACCAGUCCCAAAAUCUUUACCUUUGAUAGCCUUACCCCCUCUACAAUGUCCUCACCCUCUUACAAUAGUUCCCAGAAGAAAAGGAAGAAAAUGAGGAGAUCCCGUGUGAUGUUUCCUAGUGGAGGUGACUGCAGGGCGCCGCCUAAACAGGAACAGAGCCGUGCCAAGAACUGCCUCCUCCUGCUCUUGGCCAUUGUCUUUCUGCAGGUGUACAAUGCAAUAGAAAACCUUGAUGACCACGUCCUCAGAUAUGACCUUGAGGGUUUAGAGAAGACGCUAAGGAGGGAAGUGUUUAGUCAGCAGGGGGCAGUGGAGGCCCUGUUGUCACACUUAAAGGAUUACCUUUCCACCUACGUCCACAGUAAGCCCCUGGUCCUAUCCUUGCACGGCCCAAGUGGAGUGGGGAAAAGCCACAUGGGGCGUCUCCUGGCUGGACACUUCCGCUCAGUGGUGGGGGAAUCACUGGUGCUCCAGUACUAUGUUCUACACCACUGCCCCCUGGAGACCGAAGCCUGGUACUGCGCCCGCGCCCUGUCCACCCUUGUCACAGAGAUGGUUACACGCGCUGAGGAGGACGAGAAGAUUCCAGUCUUCAUCUUCGAUGAAGUUGAGCACAUGCAUGGCGAGAUACUGGAUACCUUGAGGGACCUUGUGAUCUCACAGCACUCCAACGAGUAUCUAAACGCCGUUUAUCUUUUCCUUAGCAACCUGGGACAUUGCCACAUCACCAAACACCUGCUGCACAAUUCCUCAAGUGUCUCUAUCACAAAUUCUGCAGUGGGGAGCCACAACAAUCUGGUAAAAGAAUUAUCCCUGAUAUUGCACAACACUCUGGAGAACAUUCAUCCAAUAUGGGCAGAGGCAGAGCUCCUGCCUUUGAUCCUGUUGGAGAAAAGUCAUGUGAUGGAGUGCUUCAUGGAUGAGAUGUCACGUGAGGGAUUCUAUCCGGACCGUACCAACAUUGAGCGUCUAGCGGGGGAGAUGGAAUACUAUCCUUCUGUAGGGGGACGUGAGUAUGCAAGGACAGGCUGCAAGCAGGUGGUGGCCAAGGUCAACAUGCUAUGAACUAACUCUUGGGAAGAUGUUUGAUGAUUUUCCAAGCAUAUUAUAGACAGCUCUUGAAAGCUGACUUAACUGUUGAGCCAGUGGUUCCUAGACAUUUCAGAACUGAGACUUUGAAUGCUGCAGGGCCUUAUUUGUUACUUCUGAGAAAUAGGAGACAUGUUCCAUAGCAGUAGACAUCUGACCUGCCAUCUGUUUAGUGAAAUUGAAAAAAGACAAUGCUUGUAGACAGCAUAGACUGGUACUCUGUGUGCAACGGAGGGCCACUCAUGACUGGGAAGUGAGCAAUAAAUUUUUUAAAAGACAAACUUUAUGGGCAAGAGAUUACAUUUUGUUACAGAAAGUCUUUACGUCUACACUUAUAUAUUUGUUGGCAUUUAAAAAAAUAAGUGUACAUUGCGUGUAAUUUAUACAAAUAAAAAUCUGAAUUAUAUUUAGGCUGAUAGGGAUAAGCCUGGUGUACCUGAAAUAAUAAUCGGAAAAUUUAGUGAAAAAGAGACAGGACAUUGACAAAACUUUUUUUUAUUGUAAUAUCAUAAUUUAAAGUUGAUACAAAUGGUACUGUCUCCAAAUGCUCAAAAUAAAAUAACUAAUGUUUUAUAAUCAUGAAAAACAAUGGAGAAAUCUAAAUACAAAUAGGAACAUGAUAAGCCUCUUACAUGACAGGUGUUUAUGACUGGCAGGAGUCAUCUCUUACAGAAUAAUAUGUAUGCUAUCUACAUGGAAAGAAGGGUUGAAUAGGUGAGCAGACCAAUGAUAGUUGCAUGUGAAUAACUUACACCAAAUAUAUGAAUGAGGUUAUUUAUGCCUGUGUGACCAAUUACUAAAAACACUGGAUGGAUUCAAGCAAUAUUGCGUAAUAAAUGCCACCUAAUCUACAUUUACAUUUAGCAGACGCUCUAAUCCAGA